AUGCGCAUCGCUCUAGCGUGGAAAAUGAACGAAGGUCCUUUAGGACGGGUCGUACCGAUGCGGGCUAAAAAGUUUCGUCAGUUGAAAGCAAAGGCUCCGUACGUAAAGGUCGAUCGGGUGUCAUCAAUUCCAGAAUCAGUUGAAGCAAAAGGGCCUCGGUUGAGGCUUCAGUAUGGUUGGUUUCGGGCUAAGGUCCUCAAAAGACAAACUCUUAUCCAAGUCUGUUUCGGGAAGAGGGAUUCCUCGGCAGCUCGGGCAAAGAAAGGCAAGCAACAAGACUCUCACUUCUCGCCUACUCGUGCCAAACACCUGUUUACUGACCUGUCUUCGUCAUCUUCUUCUUCUCCCUUUACCUUCCAAGCUGGUGUUCUCAGGAAAGAGGGCAUUGCCGCAAGAAUCAAGGCCCUAAGACUGGAGGCUCUGAACGUCAAGUCUCACAAGCCCGGAGAAUACUCUCUUUUUGUCCUCCGCUCGAGUGGAACGGUUGUUGGCACAGCAAAAGCUUAUUCGGGUUGGGAUAUCAUCAAAGAAGCCAUAGGACUUUUCAUCCUUCUGGUGAUUUCUCAUCGACGAAAUGAAGAGGCAUUGAUGGAGAAGCUGUUAGAAACUGUCCGCCUAUUUGCGUUGUGGGACUUUCAGAAUCCCAGGGAAAGGAGUUGGCUUUUUCUCAUGCCUGGCCGGGCUCUCCCCUAUCGACAGAUGAGAGACUUGAAGGGACAAAUGGGAGCGGCAAGGGCUGGUAGAAUGCAUCUAAUGCAGCUUAGAACGAAGCUUACACUCAUUCACAUUGGUUCGAGCGAGAAAGGAAGAAGCCGAUCUCUGGAAUUCAUUGGCACUUCGCUCGUCAAGCAAGAAAUGAAAAUCAGCCCUUGA